AUGUCGAACCUCAUGCACAAAGUCAAGGAUGUCAUGACUGGCCAUCACGACAAGAACGAGAAGCACAACACUCAUGAGUCCAAGGCGUCUCAAAAGGUGGAUGAUACCCGCCAUGCCUACGGAUCCUCUCAUAAUACCACUAAAGACCACGAUUCGAACCAAUACAACUCUGUCGGUGCUGGCUCCAACACCUAUGCCUCUGAAACUGGUGCUGGCUAUGAGUCUGGCGCCCACCACGGCUCCAGCAUGGGAACUGGCAACUAUGGCACCGGCAAUGCCACCGGUGGCUAUAGUUCGGGUACCCACCACGAUUCCAGCAUGGACAGAAUGAAUGAACCCUCCAACACCUAUGGAUCGUCCACUACUGGCCCCACAGGUUCUGGUGCCUACGGUGCCACUACUGGCAGUGGUACUGGCAUGGGCGACAGUGGUAUUGGUGGCUACAACUCUGGCGCCCAGGACUCUAGCAUUAACCCCUCUAACACCUACGGGUCCUCUACUACCGGCACUGGUAACUAUGGCGCCGGUAUGGGUAACACCAGCUCAGGAACCUACCAUGACUCCCGCAAGGGCCCUAUGGAUAUCGGUUCUACUGGAGGAAACUAUGGCUCCGGCUCUGACAAUUACGGAUCGAGCAACAUGGGCGGAUAUGGCUCAAGCACCAUAAAUGCCGGCCCUCAUGACUCCAAGAUUGCCAACAAGCUGGACCCUCGCGUCGACAGUGACCUAGACGGCCGCGCACAGCGCACUGGAAACACUGGCUCCACUGGACACUCCAACACCUACGGCUCCAGCAACCCUAUGACUAGCACUGGCCGCGAUAACUACGGUAGCUCCACUGAAGGCUACAACACUCGGUCCCAUGCCAGCCACAACAUGCCUUCUCAAAUGGACUCCCGCGCUGAGCCCGGCUACGAUACUCGCUCUGGUCAGCAGUUCGGCGGCAACGCUACCGGUGGUAGCAGCUACAACGACCACAGUUCAAGGACCAGAAAGACCUCCGGUCCUCAUAACUCUGACUUGCUGAACAAGCUUGACCCUCGUGUCAAGGAAUCCAAGCAGGACACUAUGGCCAACCAGCGCGGCGGAUUCUAG